AUGAAACCGUUACGACGUAUGAAGGUGGAAGCACCAUCCAAUAUCAGAGAGGUAUGCGAUGCAUUUGUGGAAGAUUUUAAUAAAGAUGAGAUCGAAAUCCCUCCACCGAAAUAUCUACAUAAUCAUACUUGGAAAGAAACAAAUGAAGAAUUAGCUGGCAUCUCUACUGAGAUUUUAGAAUCUUUAAAGGAUAUCUGGAGAAACCCUGCAUUUGAACGAAAGUUUGCAAAAGCACAAAGUGAAGGAACUUAUGUGACAGAUGUGAUUGUUCCUUUACUCCGAGUAUCAUUAAAAAAACUUCCAAUAAGAAAUACUGCUUUCUUAGCACCGGAACGACAAAGCCAAGCUAGUGCCGAUAGAAAAGGGGAAGGAAAGCGGGGUAAACGACCUGAUAUAAUGUUUAUGGAAGAAUAUAGAGUGGAUGCAGACCCGAUAAAAAUGAGUUUGGGAUUAUCGGAGUGCAAAUAG